AUGGUUUUUGAUGGAAACGAGGUACUAAAGAAUCCAGUCAAUUUAUCCCAAAUUCAACCCAAUCAAUGUGUCGUGCUUCCAUUGUAUGACACCAAUUUAUUUUUCAAUCACAACUUAGAGCUAGAUGGUGUGAGGGAAGACGUGUACUACGAGCUCAAAUUUGAAGAUGGGAAGUUUAUAACGCCCAUGGGUGUAGGCAGUCCGCCCCAAUCUGUUGUCUGGAUAAUCGACACGGGAUCGCCGUUGACAUGGACCAUUUGCAAGCCAUGCGAUAGGUGUCCAGAAUCACCACCAUUUGACAGCUCUGUUUCACGGUCUUUCAAGAAGGUGGACUGUUACGGAAGAAAUGAAUGCAUUGGUGAUUUCCAGUGUGAUGAAUAUCCCAGCCAUGAUUGCCGAUAUGACUUCGGGUACGCCGAUGGUAGAGCUGUGGCUGGAUUUAUGGUUUACGACAGAGUGACUCAUCCUUCUUCUCGAGAUACGAUCGUGGACAGAUUAAAAUUUGGGUGUACGAAUAAUUGGCCAAAAAGAUUCAAAGUGGAGGGGCCAAUCACUGGUUUGGUGGGACUGAAUCAGGAUCCAGAAUCAUUCAUCCAGCAAUUCAAAGCGGAAUCAUUUAGCUUUUGCUGUGCACCGGAGCAUUCAUUUCAACAGUCAAGAUUCAUCCUAAAUGCCCCAACAGAGGAGACCAGCUCAGACACAGUGCGGAUACCCAUACGGGAUAAAAAAUACAGUUACCACUAUGAUCUCACACUUGCCGGGAUUGCAGUUGGGGAGGAUGAUUAUGUGGCAGUAGAACCUAAAAAAAUUAAUAACUCAAUUUUAGCAACAAUUGAUACUGGGGCUAGAGUAUCUUGGCUGCCUCAGGGAUUGUACGGGAGAUUUAGGGAUACGUUUAAGAAACAUAUGCUCUCUUAA